GAGACGCCUAAAGAACACGCCCCUCUCCCCGACGCAGCCGACUUCUAAUCCACCCAGGGUCAUUAAUAGAAAGGACUAUAAACCCAUAUACCUUCCAUUUUCGCUCGCAACUCCAUGAUGCUUCCGCGUUUGCUUCCGUCCAGCGCCACCGAUGUCGAGUCCGACUCCGACUCGCUUGCCUCCCCACUUGAUGCGCCGAUUGCUCAUGUAAACAUCGCCCGACGUUCCUCGUAUCGUUUGCUCGAGUCUCCUGUCUACGAUAUCUCUCGACCGCUAAAUCAUUUCGACACCGUGCAAGGACUGCAUGCUCCCUAUGUUAUCACCAACGGCUACGAUGCGCCUUAUGAAGUUGGAUGUAGUCAGGCGCAGCACCCUUCUACCGGGUCUCAGACGGUACCGAUUGUACCGCCCGGUCUUUAUGGGCUUGCCCCGUACCCUAGCGGACAGGACGACAGCCACCAGUAUUCCGCAGUCUCUGACUCUGCCAUCCAUCAUCGCCACUGGGACUAUCUGCAGGAAAACGACUAUCCGUCGGACAGCCCAACUUCCGCGGUGUCAGAGCCGUUCUUCGCACAACAUGACCGGGGCGACUACAUCCAUGGCUUCGAGUCGCAGUAUUCGGCCCCUACUGCUGACUAUGAACCCGGCGGUGCUCAUCCGAUCCAUUCCAGCUACUCUAACGUAGCGUGCGACGCGCACACUUGUGACUAUCCUGCCGCUCCGAGUGCCGCUGAGAUGCCAUCCGACUUUGCUGCUCAGCAGCAAUCCAUGUCAAUCUGUGAAACUGGCGGCGACUAUGCUCACUAUCCGCAAGGUCGCCAGCCGGUUUCGACGGAGCACAAUGUCGGCGGACAAUAUCUUUACAGUCAUUCCGCCCACCCGCGUUUGUCUCCACACUCGUACCCAGGUCGCGGGCAGAACCACAACUUCGGCGAGCCAUAGCUUUACACAGGACCGCCGAGGCCAAGACCUGCAAUACGGCUCUACGCUGACGGAGUCAUACCACUCAGAUACAUCGCACAGUCCGUCUUCGUCUCACGAGCA